AUGGACUCGCAAGAACAGCCCCCCGGCGCACACGCGAAAGACGACGAAAAGGCACACAUCGACGGAGGCCACCUGUCGACGCCCUCAUCAACGGACCAGGCCGACGCUGUUGUGUACCCCAAGCGCCUCGCCCGGGUUCUGAUACUGACCUCGCUGUGUCUGUCCGUCUUCCUCGUGGCCCUGGACCAGACCAUCAUAGCCCCUGCCCUGGGCGCCAUCACGGCCGAGUUUGAAUCGGUCAAGGACAUAGGCUGGUACGGCAGCUCCUACCUGCUCACGACCACGGCCUUGCAGCCACUAUACGGCAAGCUGUACAACAGUUUCAGUGUCAAACUCAUCUACCUUCUGGCCGUGUUUGUUUUCGAGGUUGGCAGCCUGGUAUGUGCACUUGCGCCCAGCUCGACGGCUUUCAUCGUCGGCCGGGCGGUCGCUGGUAUGGGAACGGCUGGUCUGUUCUCGGGCUCCAUCGUCAUCCUGGCAUACACCCUGCCGCUUCGGCAGAGGCCUCUUGCCUUUGGCUUGAUCGGGGGCAUGUGGGGCAUCGCAUCCGUCGCCGGGCCCUUGCUCGGGGGUGCUUUCACGGAUCAUGUCACCUGGAGGUGGUGUUUCUACGUCAAUCUCCCCAUCGGCGGUGCAACAAUGGUGGCCAUAUUCUGUCUCCUGCACAUCAAGGGCCAGAAGAAACGGAACCUCGGCUUCCUGGGCAAGAUGAAGCAACUGGAUCUCCUCGGGACGGCCAUCCUCAUCCCGGCCGUGAUUUGCCUGCUGCUUGCCCUCCAGUGGGGUGGCGCCGAGUACCCGUGGAGCAACUCGCGCAUCAUUGGCCUGUUUGUGGGCUUCGGGGCUAUGAUACUGAUCUUUGUCGGUAUCCAGGUCUGGAAGGGCGAUGAAGGCACCCUUCCGCCGCGCCUGUUCAAGAACCGCAACGUACUGUGCGCCAUGUUGUUCUCGGGCUUUUUCGGCUCGGCCUUCUUUCCCCUCAUAUACUACCUGUCGCUGUAUUUCCAAGCAAUACAGGGCGACGACGCCGUCGAGGCAGGGGUCAAGAUUCUGCCGCUUCUCAUCUCCACUGUCCUAACCAGUGUCCUUUCCGGAGGACUCAUUAGCGCGGUUCUGGCGGGGCUGGGCAUCGGCGUGGGGUUCCAGCUCGGAAUCCUGGUCGUGCAGGCCGUUCUGCCGCAGGAGGACAUCGCGGUAGCGACCGCCUGCGUGCAGUUCUUCCAGUCUUUUGGUGGGGCUAUUUUUAUAGCCGUGGCCCAGACGGUCUUCCAGAAUGGCCUGGUCGGGGGAAUCAGGCGCGAUGUUCCUGGGUUGGACCCCCAAAUCUUUAUAAACUCGGGUGCAUCGCAGGUCAGGCAGGUGCUUGCGUCCAUGGGCAUGGAGCAGUACACCACGGCCGUCCUAACGGCCUAUCUGACUGGCUUGAGGCACUCGUACUAUAUCACCGUGGCAUGUGCUGCAGCCGCAUUUUGUGCAGUUUCUGGCCUGAGCUGGAUCAACAUCAAGAAGGUGGAGGCCCGGAAAGCAACGACGGGAAGCGAGACAGCCCCCGUCGACACGGCCGAGAAAGGGGCCCAGGAGGGUAGCCAGUGA